CCUCACUCUGGGCUGGGCUCUGCUGAACUUUCUCACAUGAUUUUUCUUGCCAGAGAUGCGGAUCUGGCAACGUUUCCUACUGGACAGAAUCGGGUUUGUCAUGGCUCUCCCAGUUCAAAUGCUAUCGAAAGAGCGAGCUUGUCCCGGGAGGAGCGAAGCGCUGAAAGUUUCAGCAAGACAUCAUGUCAAUGGAAAUAGGACAGUCGACCCAUUCCCUGAAGGACUACAGAUGGUGAUGUUUGGCAUGGGCUGUUUCUGGGGUGCUGAGAGAAAAUUCUGGGUUCAAAAAGGUGUCUAUUCCACUCAAGUUGGAUAUGCUGGUGGAUUUACUCCAAACCCAACCUAUAAGGAGACCUGUACAGGGAUGACUGGCCACGCAGAAGUAGUCAGAGUUGUAUACCAUCCAGACAAAAUCUGCUUUGAAAAACUGCUCAAGGUCUUCUGGGAGAGCCAUGACCCAACACAAGGUAUGCGGCAAGGAAAUGAUAUUGGCACACAGUACCGCUCGGUCAUUUACCCAUACACGCAAGAGCAGAUGGCUGCAGCUCUGAAAUCCAAAGAGGCCUAUCAGGAGGAGCUGAACAGAAGUGGGUAUGGUCAAAUCACAACAGAGAUCCGUGAGGCGCAAGUGUUCUACUUUGCUGAAGAUUACCAUCAGCAGUACUUGGAUAAGAACCCAGGUGGUUAUUGUGGAUUGGGUGGCACUGGGGUUUCUUGCCCAAUAGGUAUUCAGAAGUAAGACAUGGCUGUGCUAUAAUGGCUAAAGGUGUCUCAAAUUGCCUUACUAGACCUGUUUACACAGAUAAUAGAGUAGAUUUUUGCUUUUGAUAGCUCCAGAACAGGAGCGGAUUGGCAGCCUGUCGUGUACUCCUUUUCCUAAACAGUUGGAAAUGUGGAAACCUAUUCCAGUGUAUUGAAAACAGUUGAAUAAAACUCUACAUUCAAA